GACGCGGACAGCUCGUCGUCGCCCGGCGAGGCGACCGACGGCGACGAGUGACGCGCGCUCGUUAGCCGGACGCGACACGCGACGCGCGGCUAAUAAAGCCGGCACCCGAGCCGCGGCGGCGGCUCAGAACAAAGGGGCCGUGCGGACGCGAUGAAGCGCGCGCGAGCUUUGCUACUUGGCUGCCUCGGCUGCUUCCUCGCCGCGGUCCUCGGCCAGGAGGGCGCCAAGCGGCUUUACACCACCAAGUAUGACAAUCUCGAUGUCGAGGCGGUCAUCAAUAAUCAGAGGCUGCUCAAAAGCUACGUCGGCUGCCUGCUCGAGAGGAAUGCCUGUACCGCCGAUGCUGCUGAAAUGAGAAGAAAUCUGCCGGACGCGUUGGCCACGAACUGCGGCGGUUGCAGCGAGGCCCAGAAGCGUUUCUCCGACAGAAUGUCGCACCACCUGAUAGACCGUAGACCCGAGGACUGGGCCAUGCUGGAGAAGAAGUACGACCCGACUGGCGAUUACCGUCGUCGUUACUUGAAGCAGCAGCAGCAACAGCGGAACAGCGAAGGCGAAGCAACCGAGACGACGAUCGCUUCUUCGGCGCAGGACGAGCAGAAUAUGAUAUGAGGCGCGUAGGCGGCCUUUUAUUUUUGUGCAAAGCACGCGGAUGCUCUAACGCCUGUAAAGCUGAAAUACACAGAGGAAAAUUGAAAGCACGUCGCACGCAGUUGAAUCAUUCUCUCUCUCUCUCUCUCUAAAUAGCCACGGUAAAUAAAUAUAAGCGCGCGAGAGAGAGAGAGAGAGAGAGAGAGCGCG